AUGGCACACGUAUUAGCAGCAGCAAGCUCGUUCUUCGGGCGCACAAACAUUUCGCAGUCGUAUAACAUCGGAAAUCCGUCACAGACCAGUCGACCAUCGACGCCGGGAACGACCUCUGGUGGUAGCAGUGGCGGAGGAGGUGCCAACAUCGCCCCGCUGCCCUUCACACCUACUUUUUAUAUUGGUUUAUGGAAAGUACAGCCUGCAACACACAAGGUGACGGGGAAACGCGUCUCCGUGUGGUCGUUUGACAAACGGGGUCCAGAGAUGGAGAGGUUGGGGGUUGCCGGGAAGGACAGAGUACUCGAGGUGUUGAAGAAUGAGGCGUCCGCACUAAGUCGACUACGGCAUCCUUCAAUUCUGGAAAUGGUGGAACCGUUGGAAGAAACACGAAUAGAGCUUGUAUUUGCAACGGAGCCGGUUCUAUCGUCCCUGGAAUUGUCGAUACCAGGUUCGGGCAGACAUGCUUCAUUGGUGGAACUGGACGAGAUCGAGAUCCAGAAGGGCAUCUUGCAAUUGGCAAAGGGACUUUCGUUCUUGCACAGCCAAGCGCAAUUAAUUCAUUCGAACAUCUGCCCGGAGAGCAUUAUCAUCAAUAGCUCCGGCGAUUGGAAGAUAUCUGGACUAGGAGUAACCAUCCCUCUUCUUACUAACGGCAACCCAACUCGUUGGGAAUUUCCGACAUUCGACGGCCGUGUGCCAGCAUAUAUCCAGCGGUCAUUCGAUUAUAUGGCGCCGGAAUAUGCUCUUGACGAACAGCUUUUAACAAGUUCGGACAUGUACUCUUUAGGCUGCGUGGUCUACGCCGUCCAUAGCAAGGGUAAUCCUCCCUUCAAGAACCAUGGAAGCCUUAGCAACCUCCGAGAAAAUGCCGGGAAACCUUUGCCCGGAAUGGAGAGAUGGGAACAGGAUUUGCAAUCGCUCGUUCGUUCGCUGGUCACCCGUCAUGCUACAUCACGGCCGACGCCUCAAACAUUAUCUUCCCACCCCUUCUUCUCAUCACUUCCAAUUUCCACCCUGAACUUCCUGGAUCGGUCGAACUUCACAGCUAAAACCCGCGAAGAGAAGAUAUCCUUCAUGAAAGGACUGACAGGGGUGCUAAAUCGAUUCUCGGAAGGUUUGCAAACCAGGAAGAUUCUGCCAUCUUUACUCGAGGAGAUGAAAGAUACCCAUUUACUACCAUACAUUCUUCCUAACGUCUUUGCUAUCUCCCAAGCACUGUCUCCGACCCAGUUCGCGUCGAUGGUCCUUCCAAGUCUCAAACCUCUUUUCGCAAUCAAGGAACCUCCCCAGAACAUGCUGACCCUACUCGACAAUCUUGGAAUGUUGCAAGAGAAGACGGAGAAGAAUGUAUUCAAGGACCACGUCCUACCUCUGGUGUAUAAUGCCCUUGAGUCUGAACACGCAAUCGUUCAGGAGCGGGCGUUGAAAGCAGUUCCCGACCUAUGUGAAACGGUUGACUAUGCUGAGGUCCAGGGUGUUCUGUUCCCUCGCGUCGCUGUUGUAUUUUCCAAGACUAGGAUUUUGUCAGUGAAGGUCGCAACAUUGGUCACAUUUUUAGCAAUGGUGAAGACAUUGGAUCAGUCAAGUCUGACGCAGAAACUGGUCCCGUUACUUUCGAAAAUCAGAACAAAGGAGCCGUCAGUGAUGAUGGCCACCUUGGAUGUGCAAGAAGCCAUGGGUUUCAAGGUGGAUCGAGAAGCCGUCGCCACUCUCGUUCUCCCGCAACUAUGGGCGAUGUCAAUGGGUCCUCUACUUAAUGUCUCGCAAUUCCAGCGUUUCAUGUCUGUGAUCAAGAAGCUUGGAGAACGGGUUGAACGGGAACAUGAUCAAUUCCUGCGUGAUUCCCAACGACUGGAAGAUCGGUCUGCUACCGCUACUAUGGGGAACGGUGGAGUUCCUCUGAACACAACCACAGCCGAUUUCGAAACCCUAGUAAGCAAGGGCAGUGCGAUGGCCAAUGGAGGUUUGGCUAGUUCUGCAGUCACCGCCACCCCUAGCGCUGCCCCUGCUCCUGCUGCGUCAUGGGAAGACGACGUCUGGGGUAGCUUGCUGAACGGAGACCAGACAGCGAAGCAUCAGACUCCUACUGUUAGCAGCAGCUUUAGUUCCCCUUCCCUCCAGACGCCGCCGGUGAUCACACCAUCCCUCUCGCCGCCACAGCAACCCAGCCGACCCAAUUUUCAGCCGCGGCCUUCGAAGCUUGGGACAUCACAACCGGCAUCCAGGUUAUCGUCAUCUUCGUUCGGGUCCACUGCUUCCACCUCGUCCAAGCCGAAUUACAACAUCACUCUGUCCACUGCCCCUAUCACUACCGCUACACCAUCUGCCUCUUCUCUCCCACCCGCUCCUGGCUUCAGUUCCCCGGCAGCUUCUUCACAGCCAAGCUAUGCCGCACCCAAUUACAAUAUCAACCUUGGAUCGUCAUUAACCACCCAAGCGCCUUCCAUACAACCUUCAGUAUUCUCCACACCUCUGGUUGCGAGCACUCCUGCCGCUCCAAUAAGUAUGGGAAUAGGUGGGAACAUCCUCACGCCAUCCAAGCCCGCACAACCGGCGUGGGGCGCAGGCGGACAGAAACAGCUGUCGAAAGCAGACUGGGGAGACUUUGACCCGCUAGCGUAG